AUGGCAGUUGAAUUUGGAGACAUUACCAGUGGCUUCCGCCAUAGUGAGGUAAUCAGAUUCAUUAACAAUGAAGUCCUUAUGAAUGGAGGGGGUCCUGAGUUCUAUAUGACCUUUCGUUCUCGGUCUUGGAAUGAGAUAGAAGAUCAGCUUCAUACCAUCCUUGUCGACCCCAAAGUGCCACGCACCCUUAAGAGAGCUUGUACCUGGAGCGCUUUGGCUUUGAGUGUGAGAGUGGCUGCCAGGCAGCGUGAACAGCAGGCACGUAGAGUUGGGAGACUGCAGAGCCAGGUGGGAGAGCGUGAGUCAGCUUCUUGGACUUUGGUUUCCGAACUACAGCGGUUGCGAGAUGAGAGGGACCAAGCAGCCGCUCAACUUGUUUCUACACAGACUGCCCUACAAGAGGCAAUGGAUGAGCGUGAAGUCCUUCUUGGGAGGUUGUUACAAGCAGAGAGGUCUGCACUGACUGAUGUACCUGAACUUAGAGCGGAACAUUACGGGACAUCACUGUGGUCCCAUGAGGAAGAAAAACAGGAAGAAUUGGGAUUAAGAGAGGCUCACAAUGCUCCCUAUUUGGAUGGCCAGAUGCCAGCUGCACCAAUCUUGUCUUAUGUGCCAGGAAUUUCAGGCUCUUGGGCCCAAGCAGUGAAUCCCGUCCUUCAAAUGCCCGUGCCACAGUCACUACCACUCAAUAAACCACUCCCCGGGGGAAUUCCAUAUUCAACCCCUGUACCAUGUCCAGUAGUAAUGGAGUCAGGAACAACAGCAGCAGCCGUGACCACAGUUGUACCUCAGAUGGCUUCUCCGGGAAUAUACCCACCUGGCGUAUGGGUUGCAUUAGGGCCCCAGGAAGCAGUGCCUUCUGCUUGGGGACAAAUCAGCCAUAGGCGGAAUGAAUGUCCUGAGAUCCAGGAUGUAAAUCACCUGGGAGACCGGGUAAGCCAAAGCAAAAAAGGUCCAGAGAAACCUUAUAGAACAGCUCUUUGUGGGGAUAGCAGAGGGAACAACCACAAGGGAAGUCUUGUCACACCCCAGGUGAUGGCUGCCACUGAGAAGAAAAUCCCAGAGAUGAACCAGGAAACAGUUACACUGGAGAUCAACAGUAACCAUGGUGAAAAGGGAGAUUCGAUAACUGCCCAGGGCAUGGCUGCUCAAGGGAACAAAAACAGCUUAACCCCGAGGAAAUAUCCAGGGAUUCCCCGAAGGGUGCUUGAUACGGGAGUUGACAUCAGCCACAACAUCAAAGAAGUUUCAGUAACUCCCCAGGAGUCAGCUACCCAGGUGAACAAGACCAGCCCUAUCCUGAAAAAAUAUCCAGGAAUUGUCCUGAAGAAGCCUGAUGUGGGAAACAUAAUUAGCUGUAAGCAGAAAGAGGACCCAAAGACAUCCCAAGGAACAGCUGCCCUCAGAGAGGCAACCAAAAAUUGCCAAAAAGAAGACACGAUUACUUUUCAGCAGAUGACACCCCGGGAUUCUGGUGGAAGCCCUAAGGAGAAGAGAGUUCAGAUGAUGCCACAAGGGACUGACAGGUUCCAGAUCCAGAAGGAAGAGCCAAACAGUCUCCAAUCAAGCCCCCUAGGAAAAAGUAAAAGUUAUUUUAUGAAUAAAUGCCCCCCAAAACAACUGCCUCUAAAGCAGAAGUCCAAGCAACCUCAAGGGACAAAAUCCUCUGACUCCAAACAACAGGAAAAACCUCUCUCACACCGUACUCCGGUGAAUUGGGUCUGCCCAGUAUGUAAAGCUGUGAAUCGCUCAUGGUGCAAAGGCUGCUCUAAAUGUGCGAAAGCAGGUGCUCAACUUGAGAGAAAAGAUUUUUACUGA